AAAGUGCAUAACUGUAGUAGGAAAAGACAUAGAAAAAGAAGUUUGUAACCCUAAUCUCCAAAUUUCAAUCCGUAGGAUUUGCUUUAGGGAAAUUCCAUCUCUCUAUAUCGAUUACCGAUUCCAAUUCCAGUUUUCUUUUCUAUCUAAAAUUUCGAUUUCCAUAAUCAACUCAAGUACUUGUCGAGGAAAGAGAUUGAAGGAUUUUUUCGACGAUUUCAAAGAAUUGAAGGAUUUGUGAUCCAAGAUUAUCUGUUAUAACCUAUGGGAGGACAUAAGCAUCCCAGGAAGCAGAAGAACUACCGCUCCCACCGAGAUCAAUCUAGCUCUAGCUAUGACCCAUGUGUGGAGGGAAGGUCUCUCCCAUCGGAAUAUGAUAUUAACGAAGAGAGUGAACCUACUCCUAAAGUCCAGCUCGCUAUGUGGGAUUUUGGACAAUGUGAUGCAAAAAGGUGUACUGGAAGAAAACUAGCUAGGUUUAAUUUGUUAAAGGAAUUGCGUGUCACUGCUGGUUUUGGAGGCAUUGUAUUGAGCCCUGUUGGGACUCGAUGUGUCUCAAGAGAAGACUAUACUUUAAUCAAGCAACGAGGAUUGGCUGUUGUGGACUGCUCGUGGGCUCGAUUGACUGAUGUUCCGUUUGUGAAACUUCGGUGUACUGCUCCUCGGUUAUUACCAUGGUUAGUGGCGGCAAAUCCGGUGAAUUAUGGUAGGCCAUGUGAACUAUCUUGUGUAGAAGCAUUAGCUGCUGCUUUGUUAAUUUGUGGUGAAGAGGAAACAGCUCAUUUGUUGCUUGGGAAGUUCAAGUGGGGGCAUGCUUUUUUGUCACUUAACAAGGACAUCCUUAAAGUGUAUUCUGAGUGUAAAGAUAGUGCUGAGAUAAUUUCAGCUCAGAAUGCCUGGUUAUCUAAACAAAAAAAUCCACAGCCCUCCAGUGUCUUGCAAGAUCAUGAAGAAGAAAAUCAUGGGGAAUCGAGUGAUGUAGAGGCCGAUUCCUGUGAUUCUGAUGAUGGGCUUCCGCCAUUGGAAAGGAAUCUAAAUCAUCUCAAGUUAGAGGAGAGUGAAGAAGAAAGUGAAUCAGAGGAGGUUCAAGAGUAAGGUAGAUUUGGUUGCUAUGAUUUUCCCCGGUUAUUGAAGGUAAAAUCAUCAACCACUAAUUAUAGUUUGUCCGGAACAUACCAUUGCUGUAGCCUAUAGGUGAAUCACAAUUCGAGUGUCAGGGAGACAAGUUCUUUCCGAUCAUAGGAUAUUAGGAAUAUACGUACACUUCUUUGUGAACCGCCAAUCUUUAUGGCUAUCUUGGUGGACAUGUUUUCUCUACCUUUACGAGUUCAAUAAUUUUGUAAGUUUGGUGAAGUGGGAAAUGAGGAUCAAAUAUCUGUACCAGUGAGUAUGGAGCUCGUUUUAUUCCUGAUGUGUUAAAUUUUUUAGAAUCGAGUCAGCGUGUAUGCUUAACUUCAACAUCAGUAUUUUUUUGUUAGAGAAAUGAAAAAUGAUAGCAGCUGGUAUUAUUCUCUUGCA